UUUCGCAAUCUUUAAAUGAUAUACAUAUUACGAAAUUACCACAUAAAAAAUUAUAACUAUACAAUUUAGCAUACAAUUAGACGAUAUCCAUCAAUAGAUCACUUCAUUAGCAAACUAAGGCACGAUUUUGAUCAAUGAUCUCAAACUUCACGAUCUUAUGAUCAUAAUUUUUCCCAUAUAUACGUACAUCUGAACAAGCCAUCAUUAAAAUAAUGAAAUUAUUAAAAUUGUUGUUCUUUUCUUAUACAAUUUGAUAUCCCGUUGCGAUUUUUAUUUAACCAAUAGUGGGUUAAAAAGUCAAAAACCAUUAUGGGGGUCUGACGCCACAGGUAGCCGCAAACACAAGGUCACUAAACAACUGGAACGCUUUGCAUGUGGUAAACUUCGGCUAAUACUUGGUUUUGCCAUGAGUCAUUAGUGUGACUGAAUAGUGUCAGUCAUCAUUUAGCACGUUUUACAAAACAAGAAAAAACAUACGCAAAAAAAAAAACAACAAUAAUUUGCAAUGCGAAAAGGUAUCGUCUUACACAGUUACCGGUAAAAGCUACUCUUCCGUUUUUGGGUCAUACUUGAUUUACAUAUAUUAUAUAUCUAUAAACCAUACACAACAUACAUACCCCAGUGACUGGAGUGCAUACAUUUCUAAGCCUUUAUUUGCCAAUAUCUACAAACUCACAGCUUAAAAUAGUCGAAAAGCAUUUUGGCAUAACAGCACGAAGCCAUCAAGUCAAACCAAGAAUUUAUGUAAAUUACCGGCGGCAAACAUAUGUACAUAUGUCAAAGUGAAGCAUACACACCUUCGCUGAAACAGUCUUUUUCACACACACCACACACAAAUUGCUUUGGGCUUCAUAGCUCAGUACGCGGUAAUGAGCUGAGUUAAUUAGUUGCUUACAUAUAAAAUUCAUACCUGAAAACACACACUCACACAAACAUAUAUGAAUUGAUAGCUGAGAGAAGAAGAAGAAGAGACAAAUAAUAUACAGGGCUUAAUGAGAACCUGACAAAACGGGCCAAUACGAGCAUACAGUCGAGACAUUAUGGAAGUGUAUGACGACAGGCCGGUGAGUGUCUACGACAAUUUGAAAACGACGCCGAACAACAUACACACAAGCACGCCGAAAGCCGUAAAGAGAGGUAACACAGUGCCAUCUCCAGCUGCAUCGCCCUUGUCAACACGCAGAGCAGCAGCAACAGCAACAACAACAACGGUCGGAACCACCGCAGCGAAUAGAGCAACUAGCUCACCCAUUUACGCCGAUAUUGCAUUCAAGUUUAAUGACAACAACCAACUAACAAAUCAGCAGUCACAACAACCACACCUAAAGCAACAGCCACAGCAACAACAACCGCUUCCGCGCUUGACUCAGCAAUACGCGCAACAGUCGACCGCGCAAUCGUUGGUGUCAAACUUCACUGACCAAGCACCAACAACAACAGCAACAGCACAACAUUUUGCAACGAACACAACGCUGCCAACACAGAGUAACAACAACAGCACUAACAACUACACUAACAGCAGUAAUCAGCGGUUAAUACAAGCGAACGCGUCGCUUACCUUGCCUGCCCCAGCUCCAGCUCCCGCUUCCGCUCUAGCUUCAGCACCAAUCAAAGCGUUUACAACAGCAACGCCAGCAGCCAUGUCAACGACGACAACGUCAGCGAUGGCGUCUACGGUGGCAGCACCUAGGAAUGCAAGUCCGGCACAGAGACCGCUUAGUCAACAUUCGCAAUCGGAACUAUACGAAGCCAGUCAGAGUAUAGCUGCGGUGAAAGCCGCAUUAAAUGAUGCUAAAUCGAAAUUUUUCGGCUUAAACGGUUACGCGCAAGAUCAUCCACACAACAACACAUACAGUGCUAACGAAUCUCGGCCGCUGCAGCAAAGAGCCAUCGCGCCACGCCUACUCAUCGACAAUCAAUAUCCAAAAGUACAAAUCGUGACUACAGCGCCCACACCGCCGCCAAAGAGCCAACCCAAGUAUCAGAAUAUACCGGAGAAUAGCGCCAUAUUCCGCAAUAACGCCGAGACGCCACCCGAAUUGCCGCCGAAGCCACCAGUGGAAGCAGUUGCGGUGCCGUCGAGAAUGAUUGCCACAACUCCGCCCACACAAACUGAUGGCGCCGUGUCUACAACACCCAACUCAGCUGCGUUCUCAACUAGCUCAAGGCAAUCGAAUACACCGUCACCAUCGCCAUCAUCACCAUCCGAUGCGGCCAAGGUAUCGUUGUCAUCCUCACAUGCAGCGUACAAGCAAAUACCGAUAAAUGAUAUUGACACUACGCAGCCAUCACAAGCCGUCUACAUGUCCACCACAGUACCGCAGAAUAUAAAAGGUAGUAAAAUUGCCGGACGACAUACUCCAACAAGAAAUAGUUUAAGGCACAGUCGCAUGCUAGUUGUAAAUAAUAAAACAUAUCCAGCCACUCAGCAUCCGAAUCCAAUGAGUUUUAAAUAUCCGAAUCUUGCCCGCUGGUUGCUUAUACUGGAGAUAAUAGUUGGUCUACUAAUAUCAUUCCUAGCAAUUUGGAUAUUCUGUUUGGCGCCCAAUACGGCCAUACAAUAUAAUCCAUAUUGGAGCGGUUUAGUGCUCCUGCUCGCUGGCAUUCUUGGACUUGUGCUUGUACGCUAUCAGCGUAUUAAACGUCACAAAGUACGCGAGAAUUGUUUCAAAUUUUUACGAGCCGACUCAUACUUGCUAGCACUCUUGGCCGUCUUGCUAUGCUGUGUGGCAGUCUUCUGCGCCGCCCUACACUAUGCGCGCCUGUGCGCCGACGACACACACUGUGCCUCAACGAAUAUUUUGCUGGAGCAUGGUUCCUGCACGUGCAUCUUCAACGCAAACGACGACGAGUUGGUGGCGCCGACGAAUAGUAGUACGGCACAAGUGGCGAACGGGCUGUUGGAUGAAGAAGUGGUGCCGGAGCAUUUCAACGAUCAAAGCUACAAAGUGGAGUAUCGUGACUUGAGCUGCAAGGAGCUGCGCGGCGAAUGGAUAACCAUACUGAUCUUAUCGAUGGCGCUCAACACUAUUGGCUUUCUGCUCGCCUUUGCCUACACAGUGUUGCUGUUCUGCUGUCGUCACAGCGCUAAGCGUCCGUUCUACACCUCCGUCCAUACUAGUACCUUUUAGACAAGGAUUUGCUAUAGUCUACAAAUACGCACUCACACACGCACACAAAUACAAAAACACACAUACAUACCUGUAGUAUUUUUUAAUUGUAGCGCUACAUACAUAUCUAUUAAUAUGUAAUAUAAAUAUAAAUUUUUAAAAAUCUGUUUCAUAGUGCUGAGCUCAUUUUAUACAAAAAUACAUACUUAUUUAUGGAGUAUGUUUACCAUAGACAUACAUGUGUCGUUGGCGCUUUGUACUUAAUUCGCUUUUAAAAAUAAGUUUUAACACUCUAACUUUCAACUGAAAAAUUAAAAAAAUUUGUAAAUGUCAAAUUUUAAUAAGAAACACGAUUUGCAUUAUUUAUAAAAAAUACUUAUUUAUUUUAAAUACGAUAUAUAUUUAUUAUUAUUGUAUUAAUGCACUCACAUACAAAUAAUUUUAAAAUAAUUGAUUUCGAAAAAAAAUUUAUAAUAUUAAAAAAAAAAUUUUUUUAAAUAUUUUUAAUAACCAUUAUGACUACCUUGACUUUGAUAAUUAAUAAUAUACAAAUACAUACAUACAUAUACAUAUGUAAAUGCAAAUGUAGUGAAAUUGCAUGAAAAUUAAUUGUAAAUUCUCGAAAAAAUUUUAAAUAUUAUUACAUUGCAACAUGUGGCAAGUACAAUAUGUUACCAACCAUUUUGAUAUUAGAAACUAAAAUAAAAAAAUAUUUUACAAUGCACACAGACGAAGACAUGAAAUAAUUGGAAAUGGAAAUGCUCAAUAAAUCGCAAAUGAUGUGCAGUUACUAAA